AUCGCAGUUUCGCUAUCCACCAAUCACAUCGAACCGCAAUGUCUUGGCAUUAUAUCGCCGGAAUGUUGAGUCGGAUCUUGGCUAUCACCAUCACUUUGCCUCUUAUCGUCGUCAUAUCCCCCAUCAUCGACUGGAUCGGAAGGCAUUGUCAUUCAUUGUAUUUUAAGUUAAAUUUUCUGAUAGAUUGCCGCUAUGGCGAUGAAUCAAAUCCCGGGACAGAAUAUCUAUGUCGGAGGCAUAUUGUCACUCAAGAACAAAGCAGCCUUGGAGCGAGCAAACAUUACACAUGUUGUCUCUGUGUUACGUUUACGACCAGAUGAUACGCUCUUCGAUUCUUUCCAACAUCACAGCAUAGAGGUCGACGAUGUCGACGACGAGAACUUGCUAGAACAUUUCCCCGCUGCUGUCAAGUUUAUCCAGUCCGGCCUGGAUGCAGGUGGAGGGGUGCUUGUGCAUUGUGCGAUGGGAAAGUCCCGAUCAGCGACCGUUGCUAUCGCGUACCUGAUGCACCGUCAGCCUAGCGCACUGACGCCGGAGUCCGCGCUUGCUAUUAUCCGACAGAACCGACCUCUCUGUGAGCCCAAUCCUGGUUUCAUGGAACAGCUGUCGGUCUAUCAUCAGAUGGGAUGUCCAGAUGACGUUGUCGACCACCCACUCUACAGUCGCUGGCUCUAUCGCCGCGAGGUGGAGGAGAGUGUCGCAUGCGGUCGAGCGCCUGAAAUGAAGUCCGUGCUGUUUGAAGAUGAGCAGCCGCGUCAAGCACAGGAACCUGCCGGUCGUAUGACGGAGAUCAAAUGUCGCAAAUGCAGGUGCAAGCUGGCGACGACACAGUUCAUCAUCCCCCAUACCUCGCAAAAGAACGUCAGAGCGCCCGCUGAUUGCGCUCACAUCUUUCUACAUCCGCUGACAUGGAUGCGCCCGUCGCUUUUUCCAAAUGCUGACUCGGACGUUCUCGACUCACCCUAUGGAUCAGACGCCCCGUUGUCUGGCCGGCUGACCUGCCCCAACUCUUCUUGCGGAUCUAACAUCGGCAAGUUCGCGUGGCAGGGCAUGCAAUGUAGUUGUGGCGAGUGGAUUGUCCCCGCAAUCGGCCUGGCAAAAGCCCGAGUGGAUGUCUUCGAGCGAGUCAACAUCGCUCGUGGGCCGGGGAAUCUGCCUGCGGCGAUGGGGAUUCGGCUACCGCCAGGAAUGCGGCCUAAUCCUGUCGAUGAGAAUGGCCGCGGAAAUCUCUGAUCGCUGAUGGUGCUAUCUAACUGCUCCGCCAGGGGUAGCUCAGGGCAGCAAGGCUCCGUUGGGAGCGCGCACGUUCUUUGGUAGGCUUCCUAGCCACGCUUCAUCUACGAACCAGCUGCCUCACAACCACCUACGUCACCAGAACCAAACACCGCUGUUGUUUCACGAGGCUAGCAAGCCACGGGUCAGCGGCAACAGAUGCUUCUGGAUCCGCGGGCAAAACAGCGUAGCGUCCAGUGCCUUUGCUAUGUAGGACGCACGGAAGACUGCGGAUCGCCUGGAUCCGUACACUCUAGAGCAGGAAUAGGAGGUUUACGCAGUCACACGAGAUAGACUCAGAUCUAGACUAGAUUUGGGUAUGGUUGGUGCUGGGGUGGUUUCAGACCCUGAUGCCGAUCAUCCCGCGGCCAGCCGAACAGCAAGGUCAUAGACAUACUGGCGCGCAGCCAAUGCGAAAUCCAUCUACUGGCU